CUGCGGCCGUGCUUUACCAGUGCUUAACCCUGCUCUGCUUGCUUUGUUCGUCAGCGGGUUAACAGCAUCGGUAUCUUUAGAGAAGGAAGCUGAUCUUUCACCUAACAAAACAGUGCUAGUCACAGCGGCUGCUGGAGGAACUGGGCAGUUUGCGGUACAACUGGCCAAACUGGCAGGUGCCCAUGUGAUUGGUACAUGUUCUAGUGAUAGUAAGGCUGAUUUCCUAAAGAGCAUUGGAUGUGAUCGCACUGUUAACUACAACAAAGAGAACUUAGGAGACGUACUAUCCAAGGAGUAUCCGAAUGGAGUUGAUGUGGUGUAUGAAUCUGUAGGAAAUGAAAUGCUGGAUGCUGCUCUCAAGAACUUGGCAGUGCAUGGACGUCUAAUUGUGAUUGGUUCUAUUGCUAAUUAUGAGGGCUCUACUGUUAAUGCUGAGAUGAAAACUUCAAGUAAAGUCAAUGCACCUUUUGCUUUACUAGCUAAGUCAGCAAGCAUGAGGGGCUUCUUCUUAAUUCAUUACAAGAAUGACUAUCAGAGACAUGUUGGAACAUUAUCAAAACUCUACAUGGAAGGAAAGCUCAAGAUAUCAACAGACAAUGGCAAGGAUUCACCUAGUGGGCCAUUUGUAGGACUUGAGAAAAUAGCAGAUGCUGUUGAGUACAUGUAUUCAAGGAAGAAUGUGGGCAAAAUUUAUGUGGAAAUAAAUGCUGAGUAGAAAUUCAUCACCCUC